CAAAUGAAUCAAGAAUCACGCCUUUUGCCUAUUACUCACCUUUAUCAGAAAUUUCGACUAGAGAAACUUUGUUGACUCUAAUUCUUACAAAAAAACUAAUUACAUACAAACAAAUCAGAGAGAGUAAAAAGCAGUGAAAGUUCAAAUGUGAUUAAUUAAAUUCACGGUCACGGACCAGGUGUGCGUUUAACCCAAUUAUUUGAAUUUGCCGCUUCAGUGUAGCCAAUUCACUUAACCUUAAAAUUAGCAAGUUAUGAUUUUUGUGCAAAAUUAUUGUUAAUGAAGGCGAAUAAAAUGAUCGGUAGUUAUUAUUUUGUGAUCGUGGGUCACAAAGAUUUGCCUUUGUUUGAAAUGGAGUUUACUAAUAGUAAAGACCCCAAGGAGGACCACCGACAUUUAAACCAAUUCAUUGCCCAUUCCGCUUUAGAUCUAAUUGAUGAACACAAGUGGAAGACCCAUAAUAUGAAUUUAAAAUCAGUGGAUAAAUUUAACCAGUGGUUUGUCUCUGCUUUCGUAACGGCGAGCCUGAUUAGGUUUGUUAUGGUUCAUGAUAAUAGAAAUGAUGAUGGCAUUAAGAAUUUUUUUUCCGAAAUAUACGAGGCAUACAUCAAACAUUCCCUCAACCCGUUUUAUGAGGAAAACACCGUGAUCAAAUCAGCCGCAUUUGAGAAAAAGGCUCAGUUGUACGGAAAAAAGUAUCUUUCUGUAUAAAUAAAACAACAAAUAACAA